AUGUCUCCACCGUCCGCCACUGAGCCUGAAGAAGCAAAACCCAGCACGGCUGUGCCCCUGGAGCCAGGCCUGAGCGAGAAACAGGCAAAGGGAAUGCAGCUCAAUUUCCCAGGACCACCCAAGUUCGACGAUCCGCUCAAGGAGCGCGCAUACCUAAAGGGCCGCCUCGCUGCUGCAUUCCGCAUCUUUGGCAAAUAUGGCUUUGACGAGGGUGUGGCUGGCCACAUCACUUUGAGGGACCCCGUAGACCCUACGACCUUCUGGGUUAAUCCAUUCGGAGUGGCUUUCAGCAUGAUGAAGGCAUCAGAUCUCAUUCUUGUCGAUGCAAACGGCAAAGUCAUUGACGGAGGAGAGUGCCGUCUCCUGAAUACAGCGGCAUAUAUGAUCCACCACGCCGUGCACACGGCGCGCCCAGACGUCGUGGCCGCAGCACAUUCGCAUUCCAUCUACGGCCGUGCCUUUUGCGCUCUCGGCCGCAAGCUCGAUACCAUAACGCAGGACUCGUGCGCCUUCCACGACGACCACGUGCUUUACGAGUCGUUCAACGGAGUCGUGCUUGCAGCCGAGGAGGGCAAAAACAUUGCAAAGUGCCUAGGCGGCAAAAAGGCUGCCCUGCUGCAGAACCAUGGCUUAUUGACUGUGGGACAGACAAUCGAGGAGGCCGUCUUCUGGUUCGUGAGUAUGGAAAAGUGCUGCCAGGCGCAGCUCAUGGCCGAUGCGGCGGCAGCGGGCCGAGGAGGCCAGACGAUCAAGAUUAACGACGAAGACGCAGUCUACACAUACAAGACGGUUGGGACUCCACGGGCCGGUUGGUUUAGUGCUAAGCCUUUGUUUGAUGUUAUUCAUAAGGAGACGAAUGGGGAGUACUUGGAGUAA